AUGAUAAAGGAGUCUGCCUACCUUUGCUUCCUUUCCCUUACGUACUUUGUGCAGGGCCUGGAUCAAUCCAAAGUGCCCUCCUUGGUGGCCACGGUGCCUGGUGACAUUAUUUUAGGCGGCCUGUUUCCCGUGCACAGUUCGGGUGCACAAAAGUGUCAGUCUCUCAAUCCUGAACGCGGGAUUCAACGUGUAGAAGCCAUGCUCUUCACUCUGGAUGAGAUAAACAACAACCCCAACCUUCUACCUGGACUGCGACUAGGUGCAAACAUACGUGAUACAUGUUCCCUGGGCAAUCACGCUCUUGAACAGUCCCUCGAUUUUGUAAAAACAACUGUGGCCGAUGUGACCUCUAGACCACAGGAGACCCAGUACUCAAAAGAGUGCCCCUGUGCGACUUCGCACCUCGGCGGAUCUAAUGGCAUGUCCGCAAAACGGGCUCGUCCGACCUCCUGGAGUCAGAAUAUUGUUCGCGGGGUGGUCGGUGGCUCUUACAAUAUCGUAUGCAUCAACAAGCGCUGUGCUGAGUGA